GGCCCCACCCCGCCCAGGAACGAAUGGCCGCUGAUGUCCCGCGCCGGCCGGUGAGAAGGGCUGCGGCUUUCGUGUCUGCGCUCGGAUCUUUUUGGGUCUUAGGCGUUCUGUGUGGAAACGAUGGCUGUGUGUGAGGGACAGCGAGUGCUCGCCUUGAGGCGUUUGGGAGUCGAAUACUUAAUCAGCGCUAAAAGACAGCAACAACAGAAAGACACGCCCCGCCCUAAAGAAAACCAAAAGACUGCCUCUGCUGUAGGAAUGGCUCCUGUCAGCCUCCUCUUUCCGGGGCUCUGUGUUGAGAUCAAUUAAUUCUCAUGUACCAUUAUUUACUAGUUUGAAAACUUGCCGUUAAAUCUGUUUUGUGCUACUAUGCCCUCAUCGCUUUGGUGAGCAAAGGAACGUCAGCAAAGGGCUCUGAAAUUCCCAGUGAUGAGAAAACUACCAAGAAAAUGCAUUCACUGUUGUUGCAUUCGGGUCGUUCUGGCCAAGAAGGAAGGGUGUGUGAUGUCAGAUCACAGCGGAGAUUUGUCAACUCCUUUCUUUGCUUUUGCACGAUGUGAACUUCUGCCUUCUCCCAUGGGGGUUUCUGUUGACCUCUGAUGUGAGAAGUCACAAAGCUCUAAAGCUGAAGAGACAUAUAGGUGGGUGAGAGAAAGUGAAAGACACACAAGGGGCAUGGAAGCCAUCAAAGGAAAGAAGAACAAACAAUAGAAGAUUAAAAGUCUGAAUUGUACAAAUGACACUCCUGGUUGCCAAGAAAGCUUUGAUCUUGAUAAUGACAGGAUGCGAUGGCUGGAAGCUGUAGCUCACAGGAUUCAUAUGAGAAGCAAGGAAUCAAGCUGUUCAGAAUGAGCCACAGACCUUGCUGAUGUGACUGCACAUUUACGGUAAUAUAAACUAAUUUAUAGUACAUAUGGAAAGGAGACUUCAUUUGGAUUUGGCAAUGGAACAAAAACACUCAUGUAUCUGGACUAAAUCUCAUAGAAUCACAGAGCAUCCUGAGCUGGAAAGGACCCAUGAGGAUCACUGAGUCCGACUCCACGCAGGACAACCUAAGAACGAAACCAGCAGCUUCCUGCUGUUCUGUAGGAGGAGAACAGUUUGUGGAGUGCAUGUGCAGACAAAACCGCUGUGAUCCACAAGGCUGCUGGGUCAGAGAGUCGAUCUGCCCUGCUCUACAGGCCUAUCAAAGCACCUCAGCAAAGAGCUCAGUGUUGUGAGCUGCUUCUGAUGCCAGACAAAGUCUGUCUGAACCGCGGGAUCGCAGGGGCUGGAAAGAACCUCAAAGAGCAUCGAGUCCAACCCCCUGCUGAGGCUGGGCCUUGGAUGCUGCCAUAGGAGACUCCACAGCCCCUCUGGGCAUCUCGUGCCUUAGUACUCUCAGCUGUGAUGAUUCCACCAUCUGCAACAACCCCCAUCGGUGAUGCUGCACUUUUGCCAAGUGUGGCUUCUCAGGAAACAUGGAGGUCACAAAUUCCAGGCUAUUCUGGGUCAGUCACACAGCACAUAAGUCACCGGGCUAAUAACUUCAAGAGACAUCCGAAAAGGAGAAAAUUAAUCCGUCCUUCGCCGCCACCACCACCAAAUACUCCCUGUCCUAUUGACUUGAUUGGCUUUGGAGAUCUCCAGCCUCGGAGAUCUUUCCUGGAACUCCUGUUUAAUGGGUGUAUUCUCUUUGGGCUUGAGUUUAGCUAUGCCAUGGAAACAGCCUAUGUUACACCUGUGUUGCUUCAGAUGGGGCUGCCAGACCAGCUGUAUGGAAUGGUGUGGUUCAUCAGCCCUAUACUAGGGUUUCUGCUGCAGCCUUUGCUGGGGGCCUGGAGUGACAGAUGCACAUCAAGAUUCGGGAGGAGAAGACCUUUCAUUCUGGUCUUAGCAGUAGGUGCGCUGUUUGGGCUCUCGCUUAUGCUGAAUGGCAGAGAUAUUGGGAGUGCCUUGUCUGACACUGUGAAUAAUCACAAAUGGGGGAUUGUUCUUACAGUCUGUGGUGUUGUCCUCAUGGACUUCAGUGCAGAUUCGGCAGACAAUCCCAGCCACGCCUACAUGAUGGAUGUGUGUAGCCCAAUGGAUCAAGACAGGGGCCUCAAUAUCCAUGCUUUGUUAGCAGGUCUUGGAGGUGGCUUUGGUUAUGUUAUUGGAGGAAUACAUUGGGAUAAAACCAGUUUUGGAAAAGCUGUGGGAGGGCAACUGCGUGUCAUCUAUGUCUUCACAUCAAUAAUACUGACUAUCACUACUGUGCUGACUCUGAUUAGCAUUCCAGAAAGACCCCUAGGGUCCUUUAGCAGGAAGAAAAAGGUGAUGAAGAGUCCAAGUCUUCCUCUCCCUCCUUCUCCACCUCUCUUCUUUGAAGAGGGUGUAAAUGAAAACUUUGCUUCUCGCAACUCAGAUCACUUAUAUGCAAGUUUUACAAGCCCUGUUUCUCCCCUCAGCCCGCUCACACCCAAGUAUGGCAGUUUUGUCAGCAGAGACAAUUCCUUGACAGGAAUUAACGAAUUUGCAUCAUCAUUUGGGACUUCAAAUAUUGAUAGUGUGCUUAUAGACUGUUUUACAGGUGGGCACAGUAGUUACUUAGCACUUCCAGCUAGCUUGCCCAGGCAGCCUGUCAGUGUCAGCUUUCCUCGGGUGCCAGAUGGUUGUUACCAACAAGAAAAUGGAAUUCUGGAGCAAGGGGAGAGGAGCAUAAUUCCAGGGCCUGACGGAGAGGCACUGAGGGUGGGCUCCCUGGAUGCAAUAAAGCCACGGUCAUCAGGCAUCCUGAAAAGACCUCAGAGCUUGGCCAUUCCAGAUAUUGUAACAGGACAUUGUCCAGAAAGUAGCAGAAGAAGAAAUGUAACUUUCAGCCAACAGGUUGCUAAUAUCCUGCUGGAUGGUGUUAAGUAUGAGAGUGAGCUGAAUGGAUCAGGUGAGACCUCCGAGCAACCACUCUCCAUGCGACUUCUUUGUUCAACCAUCUGCCACAUGCCCAGGGCUCUUCGUAACCUCUGCAUCAACCACUUUCUAGGAUGGCUCUCAUUUGAGGGGAUGUUGCUCUUCUACACUGACUUCAUGGGAGAAGUAGUGUUUGAAGGGAAUCCAAAAGCCCCUCACAACUCAGAUGAGUAUCAGAAGUACAACGCUGGGGUCACCAUGGGCUGCUGGGGAAUGUGCAUCUAUGCAUUCAGUGCUGCUUUCUAUUCAGCUGCUCUGGAGAAGCUGGAGGAGCGGUUCAGCACACGGACACUGUACUUCAUUGCGUAUUUGGCCUUUGGGCUGGGCACAGGGCUGGCCACGCUCUCCAGAAAUAUCUACAUAGUACUGUCACUGUGCACAACCUAUGGCAUUCUCUUUGCCACACUCUGCACGCUGCCCUACUCUCUACUCUGCGACUACUACCAGAGCUGUGAGUUUGCAGGCUCGCACACAGAGGGAACACGGCGUGGGAUGGGUGUUGAUAUCUCCCUACUCAGCUGCCAGUACUUCUUGGCGCAGAUCCUGGUGGCCCUGGCCAUGGGGCCACUGACAACAGCUGUGGGCAGUGCCAGCGGCACCAUGUACUUUGCCAGCCUGGUGUCCUUCCUGGGCUGCCUCUUCUCCUCCCUCUGUGUCAUCUAUGAGCCAACCCUGUCCACUGAGGAGCUGCCACCCACCGAGGAACAGAGCCCGCUCCUGCCCUGUGUGCAGGACUAAUAAAUAGGAGAAGCUGCUGCAGCCUUGGCUACCUCACUUGCACCAUUCUUGUCCUCAACCAUUGUGGUAAGGUGGGCUCGUGCCCUUAGGAUGGUAGCGACUGGAGGUGGGCUGUGGGUGACUGUGCUGGCAGUGGGCACGGGAAACCACAGAAAGGUGUGUGCCAGUUUUGCUGAACUUCCCCCUGCCUGCAGGAGGGCAGUGCCUGACACCAUGCGUCUUUCCCAAGUUGCUAAAGGCUGAUCUAUGUUUCUAGGACUUGUGGUCACAGCUGUGGGAAGCAUUGGUGGUAGUGUGGGACCUUUCCUCCAACUGCUAUACAGUGCCAUUUUUCCCUCAGGGGGGGGACAGUGUUUCUUGGCCUGAGAUGGGGGACCGAGAAGACCAGUGCUUGGGCAGGUGGAUCCCAAUGACCUGGGUGGCAGUGAGCUGUGGGGCUCCAUUGCUGUGGGAGGACUAGGGCUGUGGUGUGCUACCAGCUUUGUGAGUAGAAAUUGCCUGGCCCUUGAUUGUUGAGGGCUACAAAUCCUGCAGGACCUCAGGGAACAGUGAGUGCAACGUGUGGGUCUCACCUUCUGCCCAUGUUAGACCUGGCUGUGUGUGCUUCUCGGAACUUCGGAGCAUAAUGCAAGUACUCUGUGAAGGCCUGUGGCUGGGCUUCCAUGUGUACAGAGCUCCAGCCAGGAGAACUGCUCCAAGAAACUGCUGUGGGAUGGAACUGGCUCCAAACCCUGCUCUGUAACUUGUGCCUGUGGUCCACAGUGAUGGUUUCUGAUCUGUGCAUACUCCUACGUUAGACUUUUAACUGACACUAUAAUGGCUUAUGUUGAGUUGGCAGGAUGGGUAGGAGGGUUUUUUGUGAGCCAGGUUUCUUUAGGUGGAAGUUUAUUCUCACAAUUAGGUUAAGGAUAUAAGAGAAAUCAUUUAUGUGAAAGCCAAAAGCCACUAGCACAUCAUCCUUAUUUUUCACCCAGCUGUAACUUUUGAUGUUUUAAAAUCUGCUUAGGGAUCAGUGAUUUGUCAGCUAGAGCUACACCUGUAUACCUCUGAAAUUACUAAGACUUACUACUUGGACUGGUGGUGUCUUGUUACCUGUGGAAGUUCUUAAUUAUUCUGGCUUUGGAAGGUAGUAAAUGCCUGAAGUCUUACACAAUUCACAGGUAAUCUCUGGAGUCUUUAAAUUGAAGAACAGAAAUUGAAACAAGUAAGUUAGAACCAUUUAUAGGAUUCUUGCCAGUCUGCGUUCAUAUUCAAGUAGGGUGCAAAGGCUUCCGAUGGCUGAGGGCAUUUUAUUGCUUAGGAGUACUGUGCAUGGCAUCCCUUUAGAGGCUCUCUUUGUUCUUAUCUAGUAGGGACAGAAGCAGCAGUUUUUCUGGAGGUGCACUCCUUUUUCAAUGAGUUUUUCUUGACUGUUCACCUAAGUUUAUUUUUAUGAGUGAUGUGCAAUAUCAAGAUGAAAUAACUUGCAUAAUCUCUAGCUGUCGUGGUGUACUAUAGUGCUUAAAACAUAAUGUACAGUGUGUAAGAACCUUUCGUUUUUAUUAUCAGUUCCCCACUUUUUUUCGUGAGAAGCAAGCUUUGUGCUAUUUGGUAUUUAUUUCCCUGGAGGAACACUUCUCAAGUUACGAAGCCAAGCAUUCAGAGACCAAGGGGUGUCAGAUUGCUGUUCAUCUUGAUUGCAUCUGUUCUGGCUUACAAAGCAUGGCCCACUGUCACACCUGCAGGAAUACCUGUGUCAUGUAGCUUUCAUUAUGGGACAUCCAAGAAUGUUUGGGAUGAAACUGGACCUGGUGUAUGAGCAGCACAUUUGGCACUUCUGAGUGCCUGAUUUCCAGCAAUCUAAAGAGAUGACUCUGGAAUUUUUUUGGUCUGCUGUGUAACCUUUAAUUCUUUGUCUUGGCAAAUUUAUGAACUCAAAUGAUUGUUUUGUUCCUACUGAAGGGGUAUUUCGUUCUCCAAAUGUUUUCUCCUUUUAAGUUUUGUAGACAGUAUUGUUGCACUGAGUGAACUGUAAACAUUUUCCUUUUCUACAUAGCUGGGAUUUCAGGUGAUUUUGUUGAAGACAAGGAUCUUAAGAAACAAACAAACAACAACAACAAAAAAAAAACAGGAAAAAAGAUUAAAUCAAUGUAUUUAUCAAGCCAUGUGUCAAUAAGUGCAUAUCAGUGUAUUUUCCAGCACUGGAACAGGCUCCUCAGAGCAGUGGCUGCAGUCCCAAGCUGCCAGAGUUCAAGAAGCAUUUGGACAAUGCUCUCAGACAUGGGGUUUGAAUUUCAGGUGGUGCUGUGCAGAGCUGGGGGUUGGACUCAAGUAUCCUUGUGAGGUUUCUUCCAACUUGGGAUAUUCUAUGAUUAUAUUUGGUCACGUUUGUCACUCCUUCCCUCUGUAAAUAAGAGUAGGAAAUACAUUUACAUAUAGUUAUAAAACUACUGCUAUGCUGAAAUGCAUUGCACAAUCGAAUAUAUAUUACAAUUUCUAUUUUAAACUCAAUAUCAGUGUCUUAAUUUGGGUUUUUAGUGAUAUUGUUGGUGUCCAGUGAGUCACCAUGAUGCAGAAUUCCUUGGAAGUUGCAUUAAAUCCAUAAAAACAACUUAAAGUACUUUCUCUUUUGUUUUUUGCUUAUUCUCCUCCUUUAUCAUACAUGUUGUAUUUUACAGAAAUUACUGUGUGGUCACUGCUGAGCUGUGAGCUGCAAUACAAUGUUUACCUUUUGGAAUGCAGGCUCUUCAAAUUGUCUGUCUAAAUCUGUGGGCUACUGGUUAGAAGUGAGAGGGAAGAGUUGAGGCAGGAAACCGAUAUCACGCUGUGCCAUAGUUUAGACUGUAUAAAGUUUAAUGAUAAUGACUUAAUAAAAAUUAAUGGUUGCUUAAUGCAA